AAUGAUGCUAAUUCGCUUCACCGAAGAAGAAGAAAAAGAACUUCCUGAUAAAUUAGAUUUAAAAAAGGAAGGAUGUUAAAGUUGGACUGACGGAUCCAGCAGACAUUUUAAUCACAGACUGAUAAUCACCUGACAGAUCUUCAAAUGUCCUACUGGGUCUGCUGCAAUUCCUGCUUUCUUUCUCCGAGUCCUGAGCGCAAACUAGCAGUGACCUCCUGCGGCCAUGUCAUCUGCAGCGUGUGCUAUCAGAAAGGCAACCAUGGCAGGUGUUUAAUAUGCAGUUCCCAGUGCCAAGUAUCACCCCUUUCUGACAAAAGUGGCUCAGAUGUGAAGGCAUUGUUCUCUGACAUUGGUGUGGUGGCAACCAGACAUCUGACAGAGAUCAGCAAAGUUAUAACGUUUCAGACAAGACAUCAGAAGAGGUUGCUGAAUUACUACAAACAAAGGAAUCAGAAACUAGAAGAGUUGUUGGUCAAGAUGAAGCAAGAAAUGCAGCAGAUGGCAAAGACGCUGAAUGAACAGAGCGCCUACAUCUCGAAGCUGGAAAAUGUUCUUCAUCAUCACAGUUUAAAACCAUCGUCUGUGUCUCAGAUCAGCAGCAGUCCUCAAACUCCACAUGGAAAUAAAGACGUCUUUCAGAUUCCAUAUAACUCAUCUGUGUUCCUCCCACGACAUGCUUCAUCCACGAACCUCAGCGAGAGCAUGGAGGGGGAUGAAAGGAGUCUGUUCAGGAAACCAAACUCUGGGCCCAGACUGUCAGUCAUGAAGCCUCCUCAAGAGGGAAUUAUGGGCACCAUCUCCCACAGAUCGUACAACCAGAACCCAGGAACCAGCCACUGUGCACACUCAGCUAUUGUCAGCCGUUUCCCUGCAACACCUUCAACUCCAAAGUCACACAGUCAGAGUUCAGUGUGGAAAUCCCCCAUCUUCAAACCUCCAUCCUCCUUCAGACACUCUAUGUCCUCUCUGGGGUUCCCUCCUUCAUAAAAAUGUCUGGCUUGCAUUUUGGUUCAAACCACCCUUGUUGCAUAUAUAAGUGUGAAAUGUGGGCAGCUUACAUGUUUUAGUUUGUUAAAGACUAAACAUCAGUAGCCAUGUUCUGUCAAACUGCAGAUAAAAUAAACUGAUAAAAAGGA